UCAUAUUUUUUUAUUUUAUUGUAAUAAUUUAAAUGAUUGAUAAAAAUUAUAUUCGACGUUAAAUUAUAUUUAAGUGCACAUAACUAGCUGUGUAUAUAUCUAUAUAAUUUGCUUUAAAGCUGGACUUUGAAGUGAAUUUUCCUUGUAAAGCGCCUGCCGUAUUCCGGGUCGUGUAGUUUACCUUUAUACCACAGCAGGCAGGAUGUGGCUGUCCACUUAUUCCUCGUUAUUAUGGUUAUUUGUUAUUGUUGACGUUAACCGCGGCGUGUUCGGGCUUCAGGACGUGACUGGAGAUUUAUUCGGGCAGGAGAAUGCAGGCACCGUGGCCGCGUUUGGAGAUUUUAACUCGGAUAAACAGACUGACUUGUUCGUCAUCCGGGAAGACUCGGAGCUGGUGAUUUUCCUGGCUGAUGUUAAAACGCCGUAUUUCAAACCCAAAAUACACGUGAAGAAAGAUGCGUUUCCAAGUGGUGUCAGUGUGAUCAGCAGUGUGGUUCCAGCUGAUUAUGAUGGAGAUUCUCAGAUGGAUGUUCUGCUCACUGGCCACACAACGGGUUCAGACCUGCAGCAAACCACCGUCUUCAUCUUCUGGGGGAACAACCAAACUCUAAAUCAGAGCGCCAGAGUUGACCUGAACCGGACCUUUAAGGACCAGCCUCUUGUUAUGGACUUUAAUGGCGAUAUGGUCCCGGAUAUAUUCGGGGUGGUGGACCAAUCCACAGAGGUCUGCUAUCUGCGCGACAGGAAACCGAAGUGUGAGAAAGCUCUCGGUGCCGACGUGCAGAUCCGCGUUCCUCACUCCAACGCCUUCAUCGACCUUAACAAGGACUUCACGGCUGAUUUGUUUCUCAGCACGGGAUCGACUCCAGCAUUCGGGUUUGAGACUUGGAUCAAUACGGAUGGAAACUUCACCAGGAACUUCAUUAUAAAGGCACCAGAGAAUGUUCAAAAAGUAGGCCAGUCUGCUUUCGUCGAUUUUGAUGGUGACGGUUCUCAGGAUCACCUCCUGCCUGUUUGUAUGGACGCUGGAUGUUCAAAAAGUGCCAUUUACUUGGCGAAGCCUGGACUGUCUGAGUGGGUUCCAGUGCUGACAGACUUCCAGAGAAAGGACUCUGUAUGGGGAUUCGUUCCUCCUCCGGACACGCCCUUGGCAGACGAGUUUCAUCCCCUCAUCACGUUACACCUGGGCGACUACAACCUGGACGGCUUCCCUGACGCUCUUGUCAUCCUGAGAAACACCAGCAACAGUGCUCAGCAGCAGGCGUUUCUCCUGGAGAACGUGGAGUGCAGUAACGUCAGCUGUAAAGACGUGGGACGUAUGUUCCGCGUGCACUGGGACCAGUCGGACCUGAACGCCAUUCCCAAAGCCGUCGUGGCCACGUUCUUCGACAUCUACGAGGACGGAAUUCUAGACAUGAUCGUGCUGAGCCGGACUGAGGGGAAGAAGGAGCUCACCAUCCACGCCCUGAAGAACAACUUCGAGGCUGACGCUUAUUUCGUCAAAGUAAUCGUACUCAGUGGCCUGUGCUCCAAUGACUGUCCUGACAAAGUGAAGCCAUUCGGUGUGAAUCAGCCUGGUCCAUAUGUCAUGUACACGUCAGUGGACUCGAACGGCUACCUGAAGAACGCCUCCGCGGGUCAGCUGAGUCAGUCAGCUCAUCUCUCUCUCCAGCUUCCCUACACCGUCCUGGGUCUCGGCCGCAGUGCCAACUUCCUGGAUCACCUUUUUGUCGGCAUCCCCCGACCCCCUGGAGUCAAGGACAUAAGGAAACAGGAAUGGACUGCCAUCAUCCCCAACUCUCAGCUCAUAGUCAUCCCUUAUCCCAAUAGUGACCCUCGCAGUUGGAGUGCUAAACUCUAUCUGACUCCCAGUAAUAUUGUGUUGCUGACAGCCGUGGCGUUGAUCGGAGUGUGUGUUUUUAUUCUGAUCAUCAUUGGAGUGCUGCACUGGCAAGAGAAGAAAGCAGACGAUCGCGAGAAGAGACAGGAAGCUCAUCGCUUUCACUUUGACGCCAUGUGAGGAACCAAAGUGCAUCAUGGAACUAAAAAAGAAGGUCCAUCAUAAGCAUUCAUCUCACUGAAAGGGUUUAUUUAUUAAUUUAUUUGACAUGAGGAUAUGAUUUUUAUUUGUUCCAGUUGAAUGUGUGAGAUUUAGGGAAAGUCACGGUUAUUAUUAACUACUGAUUUUUUUUUUUCCUUUGUAUUUGUAUAUAAUGAAUGUUUACUUGAAGGUUAAAGCAUUACAGUAUGUGCUUAUAGGUGACGCAAACAGGUAGUAUUAAUUUCUGCAAUAAUCAAAAGAAGGUUUCAGUGCCAUCGUAUUUAUCAUUCUGGCAUAAAGUGUUGUGUUUUUCUUUUUCUGAUACAGCAAAAGGGAAAAAUGUGUUUAAUCUUGGGCAAAAGAUAAACACUGGGACCAGUUAUGGAAAUUGAGUGUUUAAUUUUGGUGCUUGUUUUGAUGUACUUUAACAGAAUGACUGCACUGAUGUGCCUAGGUAUAAAACACAAAAAUCUUUCCUGUGUUAAACAGUGAGGUACGCUGAAACAAGCUAUUGGACUCGGGCAGUUUCUACUGUUUUGGUUUUCUCUAACAGCAUGUUCCUUUUCAUCUUUGGCAAAUGACAUCAAUAAACCAAGGUGUUUUUGGUGAUA